AAGUGAUGGGAGAGAUUCGAGGACCGUCGUGCAUGUCGGAUUUAUUCUCUGUGGACAAAAGCUAUUGUUUCUGAGCCGGUGGAGGAUUUAUUUUUCUGUGAUCUAAAGUGUUUUUGUUUAAACAUCUUCUCUUCUAUGGGAAUCAGCUGACAGCAUGGGGAUACUGCUAUUAUUCGCCGUCUUGCAUGGGGUGACAGUCGGCUUGGUGACUGCCGGCUGCCCGGUGGUGUGCGAGUGUCCGUCAGGGCCCGCAUCCUGUCCCCCAGGGGUCAGCUCGGUACCGGAUGGCUGCGGCUGCUGCAAGGUGUGCGCCGGUCAGCUCAACCAGGAUUGCCAUGAGGGACGGCCCUGUGACCACCACAAAGGCUUGGAGUGCAACUACGGCAACGAUGUGGGCCGUACCCAUGGCAUCUGCAGGGCAAAGGCGGAGGGCCGCUCGUGCGAAUACAACGGGCGGAUUUAUCAAAACGGCGAGAAUUUCCACGCGGGCUGCAAGCACCAGUGCACCUGCAUCGACGGAGCGGUGGGCUGCGUGCCCCUCUGCCCCAGCCACGUGCCCCUGGCGUCGCCCUCCUGUCCCGCCCCACAUUUGGUCAAGGUGCCAGGCCAGUGCUGCCUCACCAUCGACUGCCACAGGGGCACCACCGUCGUGCCCCCGGUGCUCCGCCGACCUCAUCCGCCGGCCUACCCGCCUUACCCCUUCAUUCCCUACCCGGCCUACCCCUUCCCGAAGCCUUACCCGAAACCCUACCGGAAGCUGUACCCCUACAAACCCAAAAAGGAGAAGGACGCCCUGGGCAACGAGCUGGUGGAGGUGGGACGCAAGUGGGACAAGCUACGUGGAAACAAGCACAUGGCGGCCUGGAGGCAGGUGGGAGAUCAGUGCGCGGUUCAGACUACUUCCUGGUCCCAGUGUUCUCGGAGCUGCGGGAUGGGCAUCUCCUCUCGUGUCACCAACGACAACGCCCGGUGUAAGCUGAUCAAGGAGACGCGUCUGUGCAACAUUCGGCCCUGCAGCUCCAUGUCCAUCCCCGUCAAGGUGAGAAAUAAAGGAAGGAAGUGCUCCCGCACCCACAAGGCCCCUGAGCCCCACCGCCUGUCCUACGCGGGCUGCAGGAGCACCCGCCUGUACAGGCCCAACUACUGCGGCGUGUGCAGGGACGGCCGCUGCUGCUCGCCGCGUCGCACGCGCACCGCCAGCGUGGCCUUCGCCUGCCCCGACGGCGAGCGCUUCAGCAGGUCCGUGAUGUUCAUCCAGUCCUGCAAGUGCAGCGACGAGUGCAACCACCUCAACGAGGCCGCCAUGCCUCCUCAGCGGUGGCUCUAUGGAGACACGCACAAGUUCAUCGACUAGCGGUAUCACCCCCACCUCCCACCCCGACCUACAUUCCCUCACAAUAAAACAAAAGACAUCAACUUCCCCCAUAGUGAUCCCCAUGAUAGAAUAGCUGUCCUUAGUGUAUCUAUAAGUAGACGCAAGCGAGGUGAACAAGUCGAAUCGGCUUUUCUUUGAGCUUAUUACGGGAGGAACGUGGAGAAGAAGGAGGAAUCAGACGGGAGCAAAGUGACCAGCGCCUGCUUUAAUGUAGAUAAAGAGUUGUUUCUGGCCUGGCCAGACUGCUACAGACUGUGACAAAACCUUAAUGCAAAACAUGGACGCAACCAGCCGCCAUGUUGCUGCAGUGCACCAAAAAUGUCCCCUGAACUCUUGAGACUUUUGUCGGGGACGCUGGAGCAAGAGCUGACACACACACACACAC